CUCCUCCUCUUCGUCCUUCGCUUUGGGCUCAACAGCCGCUACCACCGUUACCGGCUCCGCAGCCGCUUCAACAGCCGCCAUCUUCCCGGAAACGCCGCCGCACGUCAGCCGCGCCCCCUUGCUGCCAUGGCGACGGCGCGCUGGCCCAGACACGGGGGAGGGGGAUAGCUGCGGGCGGGGCUUGCAGUGGCUACGUCGUCUGGGUGGGUCUUCCCUGGGGAUUUAAUUCCGGCCAAUAAUUUUUCAUUGAGCGCCUAUUGUGAAUCAGGCCCUGGGUACUAAGCGUUGUAAUGGGGCCAAAGACAAGUCCUUCCCUCUGUGGUACCUUGUGUCUAAGGUAGCCCUUGCCGUGGUCCCAGCGUGCGGGUUGUCUCUGUUCCUAAUCUAUACAUUUCUGGAGACCCGGAGAGGUGAAAGGCUGCGGGGAUUAAACUCUCUCAGGUUAUCUCCGGAGUGCAGAUCCUUUGGCUGUUGGGCCAUGUUCUCCUUUCCUCUCAACCCUUCUCCCGACCAUAUAAGGAGAGGCAGCUGCUGGGGACGUCCCCAGGAUCUAAAGAUAGGCCCUGCCUGGGAUUCCAAACGCCACCCAGUAGCAGGCGCCACCAUGGCACGGCAGCACGCCCGGACCCUGUGGUACGACAGGCCCAAGUAUGUGUUCAUGGAGUUUUGCGUUGAGGACAGCACUGAUGUCUAUGUACUCAUUGAGGACCACCGCAUUGUGUUCAGCUGUAAGAAUGCAGAUGGAGUGGAGUUGUACAAUGAGAUUGAGUUCUAUGCCAAGGUGAACUCCAAGGACUCCCAGGAUAAACGCUCUUGCCGCUCCAUUACUUGCUUUGUGAGGAAAUGGAAGGAGAAGGUGGCCUGGCCCCGGCUCACCAAGGAGGAUAUCAAGCCAGUGUGGCUGUCUGUGGACUUUGAUAACUGGAGAGACUGGGAAGGGGAUGAAGAGGUGGAGCUGGCUCAUGUAGAACAUUACGCAGAGCUUUUGAAGAAGGUCAGCACCAAGAGACCACCCCCUGCCAUGGAUGACCUGGAUGAUGAUUCUGACAGUGCUGAUGCAACAAGUAAUUAAUUUCUGUGACAGCAGGGCUGGGAAGGAAGCUGCGGCCAUCCUUCAGUUGCUCUGAAAAGCUAGAGCCGGGGCCUUUGUCAGCUUUUUAGCUGUGCACCAAGGUCCUCUGGGAUCUCUGAUCUUUCCUAGAAGCUCUUUCUUAAGGAUCCUCCUUCAUGGUUUAUGUUUUCCUCCCAGGCACUUGACUGUGGUGCUGCACUGGAUGGCAGGAUGGGGAGGAUAUUGGGACUUCUGACUUCCUGUUGAUUGGUUUAUAAUCUCUGUGUUUGGGCUGCUCCGUUAUUUCAGUAUGUAUGUGUAUGUGGCAGGGCGAAAGCUAAAGAAGAAAUAUAUAGAUUAUAGUAAAUCUCUAGUAUGUGUGUUUAUGGGUAAAGCAAAAGCCAAAGAAGAAACAUGGAGUAUAAUAAAUCUCUGGAACUGUU